AAACCGUGUGCGACCUGCGACGAGAAGCUUCCAGAACCCACCAGCUCCGUCCUCCACCAAUCCCCGUCUUCGCCUGCACGACACCCCCCUCCCUCUUCCCCGUCCGUAUUUAUACACCCCAGUCCGUCCCCGCUUGUUCCUUCCUUCCUGCUUCUCCUCUCCAUCCAGUUGGAUUGGGUUCGUUGGGCUUUCGGAUAGCUGUGGUGUGCACGGCACGGCACGGCAGUUCGGCUACUAGCGAGGAAGAGAGGAGGAGACCGGAUCCAUGGCGUCGAAGCGGAUCCUCAAGGAGCUCAAGGACCUGCAGAAGGAUCCGCCCACCUCAUGCAGCGCAGGCCCUGUUGCCGAAGAUAUGUUCCACUGGCAAGCGACGAUUAUGGGUCCAUCAGAUAGCCCAUACUCUGGCGGCGUAUUUUUGGUCUCUAUUCACUUCCCACCGGACUACCCAUUCAAACCACCCAAGGUUGCAUUCAAGACAAAGGUUUUCCAUCCGAAUAUCAACAGCAAUGGGAGCAUCUGUCUUGAUAUCUUGAAGGAACAAUGGAGCCCUGCUUUGACAGUUUCUAAGGUCCUCCUAUCAAUUUGUUCCCUUCUUACGGACCCAAACCCUGACGAUCCUUUGGUCCCAGAGAUUGCUCACAUGUACAAGACUGAUCGCGUGAAGUACGAAUCUACUGCUAGGAGCUGGACUCAGAAAUAUGCAAUGGGCUGAUGAUAUUGCUGGCUGCCGGGAAGAUGAUGACCCAGUUAUUUGCUCGUUACGCAAGCUGUGGGUCUGUCCUAGAUCUAAUGCACUGCCUUCUGUAACUGAAAAAACAAAGGUCUAAAUUGAACAGUCCAUUCAUUCAUGCAUCGAACUAUAUUGGUCUAUAAUGGAACGCGAAACAUUGAUAGUCCC